UCAUUCUCAAAUUAUCAUUUCUUAACACAAUGCUUGUCUAUUAACAGGUGGUGAUCAUGACAUAUGUGGCUACUAUGGCUUGGAUAAAAUCUCUGAACUCGACCGUUGACAGUUGUCGGAAGCCAUGGUUCUUCGACGGACAGGUUGCAGGGGUCUCCUUCUAUCAGACCUUCAACAUCUCAAGAGCAUCAUCACCAUGUUGCCGCUAGCACUUCUUCUGGUCUUCCUUAACAGUCACAUUAUUGUUGCAUCAAAAUCCACCAUCGACACCCUACCGGGCUUUUCCGGUGAACUCCCCUUUAAACUUGAGACCGGGUAUGUGGGGGUGGGCGAUUUGGAUGAUGUGCAGCUAUUUUAUUACUUCAUUGAGUCGGAGAGGAGUCCCAAGGAAGACCCCCUGGUGCUUUGGCUCACUGGAGGUCCCGGUUGCUCCGGUUUUUCUGGCCUUGCAUACCAAAUAGGUCCAAUAAUGUUCAACUACGCAAACUCUAGUGGGAACGAACCAACACUUAUGUUGAAUCCAUACUCAUGGACAAAGGUUGCCAACAUAAUAUUUUUGGAUCAACCAGUUGGUAGUGGAUUCUCCUAUGCAAAAAGUUGGCAAGGAUACGAGACCGGUGAUAUAUCAUCCGCAUCUCAUACCUAUGAAUUUCUAAGGAAGUGGCUUAAAGAUCAUCCUGAAUUUCUGAAAAAUCCACUCUACAUUGCUGGUGAUUCAUAUUCGGGCAUAACUGUCCCCAUCGUUGUUCAGGAAGUGUCCAACGGUAACUUUUUGUUGGGGAUGAAGACUUCUUCAGCUACCUCACCAAACUUAUUUAGCAAUGAAGUCGGGCAUGAACCACCAUUGAAUCUCAAAGGUUAUGUGCUAGGCAACCCAUUUACAGAACCAACAUAUGACGUGAAUUCACGAAUUAAAUUUGCUCACCGGAUGGCACUUAUUUCCGAUACACUCUAUGAGUCAACUAAAACAAAUUGCAAGGGCGAGUAUGUUCAAGUAGAUCCGAGCAAUGCACCUUGUGUGGAAAACCUCCAAGAAGUCACUGAGUGCACCCAGAAGAUAUAUUAUAACCAAAUAUUGGAGCCAAAGUGUAGCACUAUGUCUCCAAACCCAAAAAUAUUCAAAUGGGAUCAAAACUUCGAUGACGAGAAUUUCUUAGACAUGCUACAUCAUUCUACAAAACCAUGGUGUCGUCCUUAUAACUAUCUGUUCUCCUUCAUUUGGGCUAAUGAUAAAACAGUCCAAAAUGCUCUUCACGUUCGAGAGGGAACAAUAAAGGGUUGGGAAAAAUGCAAUCAGAGCUUAUCUAGCAAUUAUGCACAUGAUGUUAGAACUAGUAUUGACUAUCAUCGAAACCUCACCAAGAAAAACCUUAGAGCACUGGUUUACAGUGGUGAUCAUGACAUGCUUAUUCCAUACGUGGGCACUCAAGAAUGGAUAAAAUCUCUAAAUUUGAGUGUUGAUUAUCAAUGGAGACCAUGGUUUGUUAAUGGCCAAGUUGCAGGGUACACCAAUGCAUAUACAAGGAAAACCUACAGUUUGACAUUUGUGACUGUAAAGGGAGGUGGCCACACAGCUCCAGAAUUCAAGCCUAUGGAAUGUCAUGCCAUGAUUGAUAGGUGGUUUGCAUAUUACUAUGUUUAGUCAGCUCCAGAAUUCAAGUCUUGGAUGUUGCAGCUGGUACUGCUUUGGUGAAUAGAUUUCAAGAAUAUUGCCAAUUGGAUAUGUAACUGUAUAAUGUCACUUUUGUGUAACACUAGUUCUUGAUGUUUUAUCUGUAGUACGACGGAUGAGCCAGCAAAUUUUUAGUGCAAAUUUGUAUUGAAAAUUUGUCUAUUUGAGUCAUCUCUUGUAAGAAUAUUUUUAGUUUACGCAAAGAAAUUUGUAAGACUAUUGUCACUCAAUAUCAUUUUUAUGUUGAAAUUCAUUUGUGUAAGAUGUUCAAGUUCUUGAUACAAUAUAAAAUUCAUCCAUUAUAUA